UUAUUUUAAUAUCUACGCAGGGAACCGUGUCAUAGCUAAAGGAAGACUUUUGUUGUAAGCUGGUAAUAACCUCAUUUGGAAAUAGUUUUCAGAAAUACUGUGACAGGCACACGGUGGUACCGUAUUGAAGUUUUUGUCUUGUUACAAUGACUCAAGCUGCGAUCAAACCGUUUCCAAUGACACACACUGUAAGGAGUGUAGCCACAGACUGUGCACAAUUUAACAGUGUUUGAAGUUGAAGUACACAGAAACUUUUCCUUGGUACUUAAAAACUAUUGAGCUCAAUAAAAGUAAUCUAUUAACUAAAAUGACACAGUGGAGCGAUACGGGGAAUCGUGCACGGUGUUCUGUGUAUCUAAUCCAGACUAGAAGAUUAGUUUAACUCGGAUAGACGUGCGAACACCUGAAAGGUUAGUCUUGGGGGAGAGGCGACUGGAUUAGUUUAGUUUGAAUCGUAUUCCUGUCCUGGCAUACGAAACUCUACCAGGCGUGCACAACAAGGAGGUGUGCCCAAGCCCGGUCAUUCAGCACGGAGCUGUUUGGUUGUUAUUGUGCGUGAUAUCGAUAUUAUCGUCGUUAUUAUUAUAACAUUGCGGAUAUUAUUGAAGAUCGGCAGCCAUGAGACUGCGCUGCUUCCCCCCCGGUUCGUUGCUGCUCCUCGGCUUGUGUCUGAGCGGUCGUCGGGGGCUCGCUUCUGCACCGGAGCUCCGAGAUCCGCCGAAAAAAAUAGCCGUGGUGGGAGCUGGGAUCGGGGGCACUGUAGCCGCCUAUUUCUUGCGGAAGGAGUUUGGCGCAGGGGUGCAGGUGGACGUGCUGGAGCCCGGGCCGGUGGGAGGGCGGCUGGGCACGGCUCAGAUCGGUGGGGAUGAGUACGAGACGGGGGGCUCCGUGCUGCACCCCCUCAACCUGCACAUGAAGCACUUCGUGGAGCAGCUGGGCCUGUCCCAGAGGCGCAUGGUCCCGUCCCACAUGGCAAUAUUCGACGGAGAGCAGGUCAUCUUCGAGGAGAGCGACUGGUUCAUCAUCAACUUCCUGCGACUGCUGUGGCACUACGGACUCAGCUUCCUGCGCAUGCAGAUCUGGGUGGAGGGCGUCCUGGACAAGUUCAUGAGGAUUUAUCAGUUCCAGUCGUUCGGUUACUCGUUUUCCUCUGUGGAGCGGCUCCUGCACGCACUGGGCGGGGAUGAGUUCCUGUGGAUGACCAAUCACACGCUGGACCAGGCCAUGCAGGAGGCGGGCUUCUCACAGCACUUCCUGAACGAGGUCGUCACGCCCAUCAUGAAGGUCAACUACGGGCAGAGCGUCAAGAUCAACGCUUUUGUGGGUGCGGUGUCCCUGGCUGGCGCAGACUCGGGGCUGUGGGCAGUGGAGGGGGGAAACAAGCUGGUGUGCUCAGGGCUGUUGUACCACAGCAAGGCCACGCUGGUACCUGGCAAAGUCACCUCCAUCACUGUCAAGACACGGCCGAGCAAGACCGGGGGCACGGUCUCCAUGUAUGAAGUCAGCUACACAGGGCAGUCUGGAGCAGCCCACAGCCUGUAUGACAUCGUCUUCAUCGCCACCCCCUUGCACCCGGGCAAAUCGGACAUCUCCUUCCCAAACUUCAACCCUCCGAUCCCCAGCCACUUCUCGGGUCGCUACCACCAAACUGUGGCCACACUGGUUCAAGGCCGCCUCAACACCUCCUACUUUGGUCUUCAUUUCUCCAGCGACUCCCGUGUGUCUGAAGUGCUGAUGAUGGAGCGCGAGGGGCUGGCGGUGCACAGCGUCAGCUCUCUAGACCCUGUGACAGUACCCCAGGGGUACAGCAGACCCCCGGCCAGCCAGCCCAAGGUGUGGAGGGUGUUUUCUCCCGCGCCUCUCAGUGAGGCCCAGCUGGGGGCACUGUUCCUGUCGCGGGAUGCCGUUUCGGAGACGCGCUGGCUGGCGUACCCCGCUUACACUGCGCCCAGACGCCUGCCUCCCGUGGUGCUGCACGACCGGCUGUACUACCUCAGCGGGAUCGAGUGGGCCGCCAGCGCCAUAGAAAUGAGCGCCAUCGCUGCCCGCAAUGCCGUGCUGCUGGCACACCACCGCUGGCACGGCACGGAGGACAGGAUAGACCAGGAGGAUCUGCACAGCCGGCUGAAGAACGAGCUCUGAGCGCUGGGGAGAGGGGAGAUUGAG